AUGUCGGGCCAACCCAAUUUUUUCGACAGCACCGACUGGCCCCUGCAGCCAUCACCACGACAAGGAAGUCUGUCUUCACUCAGCCCUGCUUCAGAGACUGCUAGUAUACACUUUUCCAACAUCCCACUCCCACCGACUCCCACUGCUUCUCGCCCUGCGAGCGACAAGAGUAGACUGUCUAGUUGUACAUCCGACCACACGGCGAACGUCCCACUGAGCAAACCGGUUCACAUCUCUUUCAGUAAGGGAAGCAAAUUGUUCAAGUUGAGAUAUUCGCAAAUCGAACUUCGAAAAGAUGCGGCGGGAAACUUGAAAAGAAUCGAAUUGAGCGAGCCUUCGGGGAUUCAAAGCGCUCUGAUCCAUUCUUUUCCUGGCACCCGAACGCCGAUUCCCCAUCUUGAACAACCGGUGACGUCGAGUCAGAGUCACAUAUCGAGAGUAUCUUUUCUUGAAGAACAAAACGUGCAGACCGCGUCGACCCUAUUCCAAGCACAGCCACAGUAUACAUUUGAGACAUGGGAAGAUUGUGUUCAUUUUCAAGAAUGUCUCCUUGACCAAACCGUCGUCUUUACCGCCGGGAUCGCAGAAGCAAAGUCCAAAGGCCGGGGGGAAGAAUGUAUCAGCCAGAAUUUGCGCAUCCUACGUGCCCGGAAUGGACGACAGAUCAUAUUGUUCUUUGCCAAUUCUCAGCGAAAGGAAAAGAAGCGAUACAUUUCCAUUCCUCUGGAUUGCAUCGACCGUCUUGAGCAGAGCAAAAAAUCUGGACGACCUAUGACACUUUCAUUACGACCGAACUUCGAGCUGUUAGCGCAAUUGAAGUCCCUUCAUAUUUCUUUUCUCGAUGAUAAUGACCAAAAGAGGUUUUUUGGCCUUUUAUGUCAAGGAGUUGGCUUCCAAGGAUGA